AAAUAUAUCAGUGUUGCUGCAGAACGGGGUGAAGGAUUUCCGUUGGAAAGCAAGAGCUCAGGCACUUCCUCCAGCAGCGUCACUGCGAUGCGGGAGGGCUCGCGAGGCAGACACUUUUGAACGGGACACGCUGGGCAGCCCCCAGCAAUGCCCCUUCCCUGGGCUUGACGAUGGCCGUGGAGCUGAGAGUCCUCCUCCUGCUGCCGCUCUGGGUCCCAGGUCUCCAUGCCCAAACAACCGAUGCUGUGGAGAGAUUAUCAGAAGGAAGCACUCUCUAUAUCCACUGUCCUUACACAGCAGACACAGGCUACUGGCAACCAAAAGCCUGGUGCCGCCUGAGAGGUGACAGAUAUGAGCCCUUAGUGGAGACGACCGUACCAAGCCAAUACCCAUCUGUGACCCGGGCCACAAAUGGGAAGGUUACAAUAGAGGACUAUCUCCUGAAUCGCACCGUGUCCAUCACCAUGGUCAACCUCCAGGCAGAGGACUCAGGCAUAUACUCCUGUGCUUACCGUGACCACAGACACUACCAUGUUCCAACAAAGACGAUCUCUUUGAUUGUUUUGAAGGAGUUGCACCGGUACGAGUUGGACAGUCUCUCUGUGCAGUGCCCGUACAGCACCCACGGCUACGGCACAGAUACAAAAACCUGGUGUCGAACACAAGGUCGCACUGAGUGUAACGUCGUGGCGAGGACAGGUUACCCUUCAGCACGUCGGAACAGUAAAGACCUGGAAGGCAGAACAUUGAUCUGGGAUGACACCAGGCAGAGGACUGUCACCAUCACCAUGCAGAAGCUGCAGGCCCACGACACCGGCCUGUACUGGUGUGCACUCUCCAGAGGCGGUCCCCUCACCCCUAUAAUGGGGGUCAAGCUCUCGGUGUCCAAGAGGCUCCAACAAUACACAGCCAAGGAGUCAGGCAAUGUCUCUGUCCAGUGCCAGUACAGCGCCCAGCACUAUGGGGCUCUGAACAAAGCCUGGUGCAAAGAGGGAGCUCAGCCAGCAUGUACUGCCAUGGUCAACACGAUUUCUAAGCCUUCAGGGUACCUCAGGGCACCCCAGCAAGGCAGAGUCACGAUCCAGGACGACAGCCAGCGGGGGAUUGUCACCAUCACCAUGGAGGACGUGCAGGCACCGGACUCCGGCGUGUACUGGUGUGCGCUUUAUGAACACCUGCACCUUUUCCGAAUGGCGGAGGUUACGCUCGAUAUUUCUAAGGUAUCGGCUGGACCAACUUUGACAGGUUCUGCAGGCCCCAAUCACUCAACCCCUUCUGGCGACAGCCCAGCACAGAGCUCAGCUGUAAACAUCUUCAACCUACUCUCUGGGGUCCUGAGCGUCCUCUUCAUCCUGGCACUGAUCACCUCGAUCACGCUGUGUAUCAGGCGGCGCAAGCAGCUCAAGAGAAGAGGUCCCAGACAAGCAGAGGACAUCUAUGACAAACCAGAGGACAUAGCACAGCCUGACAGCACUGAAAGAAUGGAAAGUCCCAGUCAUGACAGCACAGACCUAAAAUAUGUUACCCUGAACUUUAAAUCCCAACUCAGCCCUGAGGAUCCUCUCUACUGCAAUGCUGAACCAAAUCAGACUCACAGGAAACCCGAAGAGGAAAACGUGGAAUAUGCUACCAUUGCACUCAAGCAGUUGCCGAUGAACGACAAGGGGUGAAGCACAGAAUCCCCAAACAGUCCAGAAACGGGAGAAAAGAACUGGAAUACAAAGUGGGAACGGGGAGGAGGAGGUGUGUGGAUGGACACUGGGGAAAGGUCUAUGCUUCCGCUGCCGUGUCUAUGUUGCCUAUGCAUCUUAAGCCUUCCCUCCUGUUAGAGGCCAGGAGAGCAUUUUGCCCCAAGCGUGCAGAUCCUCUCAGGUCAGACAGACGUGCUGGGUAAUUCUCAGGAUCCCUUACGCAUCUGCUUUCUUCAAUUCCAGUAAAACGCAGAAUCUUUUGGAGAGGCAGCCGUGGAAGACUGACCUUUUGAAAAGGAGCAAUAUUCCUCUGGUCGUGGGUGGGGUUGGUAUUUCAACUCUCUUCACCGGUACAAACUCUAUCCUGCUCCUACCACGGCCAAGCAAACCCAUGCCAGCGCCGUAGGGAUAAACGUCUAACCUUGCUGUGA